AUGCCACGCGUUGGUGGUUAUUUAACGGCAUUACAUCAACAAUAUUCAACACCAUCCGAUGAUUAUUUGAUUGCUGCUGCAGCAUACAAGCACGAUGCAAUUUUAUAUAAUCAUCAACAAUCAACAAAUUUUAAUCAACAAAAUACGGCAGCUGUAUCAUUGUUAACACAAUUACAAUAUUUACGUUAUACAGAACCAUUAGAAUUAACUUCAACAAUACCAUUAGAUUUAUCAGUGAAAAAUUCAAAUCAAUCUCCACCACAAACACCGCCAAAACGUAAACGAUCACCAUCACCCGAAAAUUUAUCAAAAUGGUUAAAAACACAACACGAAUUAUCAUCCCCUACGUCAACAACCUCAUCAACAAUAACUUCUACAACAAUCUUAAAACCAAAGAAAGUUAAAGCAACAUGUACCAUAAUCCCAAGUGCAACAACUAAUGUUCAACAAUCGAAUACAACAAUCGUUAAAAAAUCAAAAGCUGUACGUAAAUUAAACUUCGAUGAAGAUAAAAGUUCACCAGUUUCUGGAACAAUCAUACGUGAACUCGGUCCAGAUGAAACAUUAGUCGUACGAAAAGGUGAUAUCGAUCCAGCUUAUAAUGUAGUCGAAGUUACCGAUGAAGCCAAAGCAGAAUUAGCGAAAAUCGAAAAUCAUAUUGGAGACUAUGUGUGCCGAUUAUGUAAAGAAUUAUAUGAAGAUGCAUUUCAAUUGGCACAACAUCGAUGUAGUCGAAUUGUUCACGUCGAAUAUCGUUGUCCAGAAUGUGAUAAAGUGUUUAAUUGUCCAGCGAACUUAGCAUCUCAUCGUCGAUGGCAUAAACCACGUACAUCAACAUCAACUGGAGUAUCGAAUAAAGAUCAAACGAAAAUCGAUCCGAAUGCUGAAGAAAAUUUACAAUUCGCAUGUAUGGAAUGUGGGAAAAAAUUUCGACGUCAAGCGUAUCUCCGAAAACAUUUAAUAACAACCCAUUCUAUUGAUAGCAAUGAUACAAGUUUACCAGAACAAUCAACAGCAAUGGAAACAAAUGAAUUGAAAAUUGAAGUGAACUGACAUCGGCUCUUACCGGCCCCCGUACCAUUAUGGCCAACACAAACGUCAUCGACGUCAGCAAUGCUGUGGCGUCCACCUGGCUUAAAUAAUGAGAAUUGUACAUCAAGUCGAUUACAUGGACCGGCUUCAACAUCUUCAGGUGGUUCCAAUGGAGGAGUUGGAACUUUAUUUCAUUUAACACCAACCGAAAAUUAUCAUCAGAAUGUUUUAAGGUAUGUGAAUAAUAAUCCAUCGAUGUUCCAUCAUACGCAUCAAGGAUUGUCAACUAAUUUGAAUCAAACAGGUACCAUGUCUUGUUGGUACGAUUCAAUUUGUAGUAGUUAAGAUGAUGCAUUUCAAAACC